GUGUUUUGUCGAAUACCCUCGGGUACCGGUUUCAUCGUCUUCCUCCGUCUCGACGCCAUGGCUGCUCUCCUCUCAGAUCUCAUCAACCUCAACCUCUCCGAAACCACCGAGAAAGUCAUCGCCGAGUACAUAUGGAUCGGUGGAUCUGGAAUGGAUCUUAGGAGCAAAGCCAGGACCCUGCCGGGGCCUGUAAGUGACCCAUCACAGCUACCCAAAUGGAACUACGACGGCUCCAGCACCGGUCAGGCCGCCGGGAAUGACAGUGAAGUCAUUCUUUACCCACAGGCGAUAUUCAGGGACCCGUUCAGAAGGGGCAACAACAUCCUGGUGAUGUGCGAUGCUUACACACCCGCGGGAGAGCCGCUUCUCACCAACAAGAGGCACAACGCGGCUAAGAUAUUCAGCCACCCGGACGUGUUGGCCGAAGAGCCUUGGUACGGGAUAGAGCAAGAGUACACGUUGUUGCAAAAAGACGUGAACUGGCCCUUGGGGUGGCCCGUUGGUGGCUACCCUGGCCCUCAGGGGCCAUACUACUGUGGUGUGGGUGCGGACAAGGCCCUUGGGCGUGACAUCGUGGACGCCCACUACAAGGCGUGUCUGUACGCUGGUAUCAGCGUCAGCGGUGUCAAUGGAGAAGUGAUGCCUGGACAGUGGGAAUUCCAAGUGGGUCCAGUGGAGGGUAUCGCUGCUGGUGAUCAGGUGUGGGUGGCUCGCUACAUUCUGGAGAGGAUCACAGAGAUUGCGGGUGUGAUCGUGUCGUUCGACCCCAAACCAAUCCAGGGCGACUGGAACGGAGCCGGGGCUCACACCAACUACAGUACGAAGUCGAUGAGGAACGAGGGAGGGAUAGAGGUGAUAAGGAAAGCCAUAGAGAAGCUUCAGAAGAGGCACAAAGAGCACAUCGCUGCCUACGGGGAGGGCAACGAGCGGCGUCUCACGGGCAAGCAUGAAACUGCUGACAUCCACACCUUCUCUUGGGGGGUGGCGAACAGAGGAGCGUCGGUGAGAGUGGGAAGGGACACGGAGAAGGAAGGGAAAGGGUACUUCGAGGACAGGAGGCCCGCCUCCAACAUGGACCCUUACGUCGUCACCUCCAUGGUCGCCGAAUCCACCAUCCUCCUCAACUAACCAACUCCCUCUCUUCCUCCAAUAAUCUGCGUUUCUCUCUCAUCUUUGUAUUGUAUGGUUAUGGUUACAACCCCAACAUAUUGAUGACAUUAUCAUAAUGCUAUAUUUUAUUUUCAUUAUCAUAAUAUUAAAAUAAGUUAUAUU